AUGGCAUCAAUUGAACAAGAUGAUUUAUUCAAUGCCGAAGAUGAUGAGAUGGAAGAUGAAUAUCAAGACAAUGAAAAUAGUCAGGAUUACGAUAUGGAGCCGGACGAAAAUCAGCUAGAGGAUGUUAAUAACCACGAAGACGAAGACAUGAUGGAUGGCGAGGAGGAUGAAAUGGACGAUGAAGACGAAGACGAGGGAUCUGAAGAUGGGGAUGAAGGGGGAGAUGAGGAAGACGAUGAGGAGGAAGAGGAGGAUGAAGAAGAAGAAAUGGAAGUAGGUGGUGAAGACAAGGAAGGCGAUGCAAAUACCGGGGGCGAAGGCGAAAGCGAUGCCAAAGUUGAAGCAAAGGAAGAAAUCAGAGAGAAUAAGGCAGUUGACCAUGAUGGUAAAACAACCGAGGAGCAGAUUCGCGAACAGAGUGAAGACACUGCUCAAAACGAGAAAGUUGAGGCACUUGAAACUGAAGAAAACCAACAGGAUGUACAUCCUGAUGCCACUCAAGAGGAUUCCACGCCAAAACAGUCACAGGAUACACAUAUAGGCUCAGAGACGCCCAAAUCGUUGUCAACAGAACCAACAAGGGAGGAACUAAUCAAAGACGUUGAAGAAUCAGAAACGAGUCUCACAUUUAGAGAACAAAUCAUCGCCAAAGCACGCAAGGCCACUGAUUUCGAUAUAAUCCCUCAAGUUGCCAUCCCAUAUACAUCACAAUGCCAUGCAUUAGCAUUUACACAAGGGCCCAAAUGGAUUCUCACUGGUGGUGAAGAUGGAUUUAUACGAAAGUACGAUUUUAUACAAUCAGUUGAAGGUAAAGCACCAUUGACGAUGGCACAAAAACACAACUUGACCGAUUCAUUAUCCAAUGGUGGUGUGAUUUGUUCCUAUUGGGAGAAUGAACAACCAUUGACUCGAAAGCAAUUGAUGAAACAAAAUCCUAAACUAAAAGAUUCCGAUUUUUCAACAGGGAGUGUAUCAUAUGAACCAAAAGUUAAUCCAGUAUAUGCACUAGAAGCGGAACGUAAUGGAUUAUGGUGUUUAUCGGGGCUAUUGUCGGGUGGAAUAAGUCUUUACACGAUGCGAUAUAAUGAAGGCACAAUUCAUCAUUAUUUCAACCAUGGAACUUCGCAGUAUCGACGAAGGGGCCAUACUGAUGCUGUCAGUGCAUUGAGAUUGAACCAGGAACAAGAUAGGUUCCUCAGUGGGUCGUGGGAUAAGACUAUUAGAGAGUGGGAUUUGAAUACGGGGAAAACUAUAACAGAAUUUCUACCUUCAUCGGGCCAAAUCUCAAAUAUCGAAUAUCGCCCUGACGGAUUGGAAGAUGUUAGUUUUACUGUAAGUGAAGAUACAGAGAACAGCGGUAGAAACUCCCACAAGGGAAAUAAAGAGGAUGAAGAGGAUGAUGAUGUAGACUCAUUAUUUGGUGACAGUGAUGAAGAGGACGAAAAGGAUAAAGAACCACCAAAAGAUCAAGAUGAAGACAAAAGAUCAUCUCCGAAGGAAGCUCAAUCAAAGUCACAUUUAAAUUCUGAUAUAUUCAUGAGUUCAAGCAUCGAUGGCACCAUAAACAUAUGGGACAUUCGUUUAAACCAACCCGUAAUCCGUUUAGGUGUACCCGAGGGGACGCCACCUUGGUGCAUGUCACUGACAUGGUCCAACGACGGAGACUUUAUUUAUGCUGGUCGACGCAACUCGACAAUUGAAGAGUUAUCAAUCAAGAUGCCACACAAACGAUCAAUUUCUGGUCAUCAUAAAGAUACCAUGAUCCCUAAUGUUUCCAAAUUGUUACAAUUCCCCAAAAUCAGUGGUCCUGUUAGUGCAUUGAGUACUAUGCCCAAUAAGGAUUUCCUAUUGUGUGGAUCGAAUGAUAAUAUCCGGUUGUAUAAUUUACGCCUUUAUGAUGAUUUGAAUAAUCUGGAGGUUAAUUUGAAAAAACAAGCGACGCCAUUCUUGAUUGUUCCCGGCCAUCAUGGAGGUAUGUUGUCGCAGUUGUAUGUAGAUGAAACUGGUAGGUUUAUGGUUAGUGCUAGUGGGUAUCGAGGUUGGGGACAUGGUCAAUACACUGAUACGGUAUUAAUUUACGAAAUAGACUUUGAAUAA